AUGGCCCAGAGAUACCAUGUCUUUUCGCUACCUCCUGAAUUGCUGGAGACCCUUACACUCGGAAAUCUAAUCAGUCAACCACCACCCACGGAGGUCUCGACUCUCAUACAAACAACUCCUCCAGUAUCAGACAACGCGAGGGCGUGUAACAUUUGUCUCGGAGCAAUCUUUGCAGACGUAACUGAGCAAAGAUCUCAUUUUCGAUCCGACUGGCAUCGAUACAAUGUAAAGAUUCGCCCUGAGGGGCCAGCAUUCGCGCAACUUGUUGACGGACUUGAAGAUUCACUUUCAGGGUCUGCAUCAUCUGAUGAGAGUUCUGAUAACUCCGAUGCAGUCAAGGUUCUAGUCAAAAAAAUCAAGCGAAGAUCAAGAUCACCUUCGCACAGCGAGGAGCGACAAAUACCGCUUACAGCGCUUACUUGGUUCCAUUCACCUCCAUCUACUCAAUUUGGGGCUGAAGACCAUUCAAGAACGUGUGAAAGGUGGACGAAAGUGGGCCUAUGUUUAUGGUCGCCGGAGGUCACUUUGCAGGCGCAAAUAGUAGAAGUCAGUAGACCUGUAGAAGAUUCAGGAUCCUACUACUUCUGCAAAAAAACGAAGAAGAAACCGCCAAACCCAAGUCGGAGACCUCGCCGUAAACAAGGUGGUUCGCAAUCGGUCAAUGACAAUUCCAAGGGUGCUGCCAUUAGUGCAGGUGCCAUGCUUCGUCGUUAUGGCGAGCAAGCUCUCCGAGAUGAUAUUCGCAACCUUCUUCUUGACUGGGCUGAUGACAUUCAGGGCUGCGAAAGAAUCUGGUUACGUGCUAGUGUCUCUAACAGGCGGAUCUUUCUCGACUAUGAGAAUUGCGUCAUCAACAAAGGAGACGAUCGUCUGAGGACCUUCCCUUUUCCAACGCGCCGACCCACUCAAUCUGAGCUUGUGCGAUGUCUCCUGGAGCUCACUCAAGUGAAGACGUCACAUCUUACAGAGGAAGCACUUCGGGCGCAGGACGAAGCGUUCUUGGCCUCCUUGCCCAAUCCCAAAGCUACACCUUCCAUCGCGCCUGCUGCGGUACCUGAAAAGGCAAAACCACAACGAUUAACUAAGGAGGAGGAAAUCUACCGUGAGAAGUGGUAUCGAUUACUAGAUAUGAUCAGCAAAGGUCGUUCAGAGCCUCUGAAAUCCUUUUGGGAACGCGAAGGCGCUUCCCUUGGUGGCGUCGACGCUCCCAUACCAGAAUGGACAGAGGAUAGGCGCACAUCGUUGCUCCAGGUCGCUGUACAAUCAGGUCAGGAAGACGUUACGCGCUGGCUGUUGUACGAACUGCACGCCGAUCCAACCAUCGUCGUUCCAUCUUUAGGCGUGCAUCAAGAAACAGCUGCCAAUGAAUCUGACGCAUCGAAUGUGCCUCCUCUACAAGGUACAGGUUCGCGCCGUACUGCCUAUGACUUGGCCCGUACAAGAGCAGUCCGUGACGUCUUUCGCCAAUGCGCGGGAGAUCACCCUGACUGGUGGGACUGGUUCGGAGCGGCACGUGUACCAAGCACGUUCAACAAGGAAAAGGAAGAAGCGAGGGACGAGAAGAAAAAACAAAGAAAGAAAGGCCUGAGAGAGAAAAUGCGGGAACGGGAGGCCAGAGAGAGAGAACGGGAAAGUAAACAGUCUGACAUUGAUGACGAACAGGUGGAAACAAAGUCGGAGCUUCGCUCUCAAGACCCUACGGCUCCUCGAAAGCUCGGAGGUUCGUCCGGCGCAGCUGAUCGUGUUGUUGGCUUAACUGCUGAGUUGAGAGCAAAGGUGGAGCGGGAACGAAGAGCCCGAGCGGCCGAAGCACGGUUGAAAAUUCUUACUCAGGCUGGAGCAUGA